CUCCUUAAAUCUUUGGUAGACGCCAUUAUUAGUCGCUGUCUGUGGUACUAGGAAAUAUGAGCAGAGUGAGAACUCUUUCGUUAAACGAGUGAAGACAGGCGAAGUCCUUGAGGGAAGAUGUCUCUGCUUUUAAAACACAUGACAAUGUCAAGCAGGCGAAUAUUCUCAGCUUGUGUAAGGCAUCACUCUUCUCUUAUAAGUGAACUGAUGGAAAACAUGGAUAAGAAAGCAAUCUGGGACCGUUUCUACACUGAGAACAGCAGCAGGACACCCACCUUCAAAAACUUCGAGUGGUUCUUUGGCUUUGAUUCUGUUCAGGAGUUCAUCAUGCCCCACUUGCAGACUAAUUCUCAUCCAGAUUCCCUGCUCCAUGUCCUGGAUGUGGGCUGUGGCACUUCAGCUCUGGGGCCCUGUAUUUACAGACAUUCCUCUCUCCCGGUGCGGAUCACUUGCGCUGACAUUUCCCCCAUAGCUGUGCGACUAAUGCAGGAACAUGUUCGAGCUAAAGCCAUUCAACCUCACAAUGUUUCUUCUCAGCUUGAAUUUGUAGAGCUAGAUUGCACACAUCUGCACAAGCACUAUAGUUCUAGUAGUGUGGACCUGAUAGUUGACAAAGGCACCAUAGACGCUUUGUUGAGGUCUAAAGAAGGAAAAGGGAAGGCCGGCCUGGUGCUGAAGCAGUGUUUGAAGGUGCUGCGGAGCUCAGGAUCUCUGCUCCAGUUCUCUGAUGAGGACCCCGAUGCCAGACUGCUGUGGCUGGAGACUGAAGCACGGGAGCCGGGAGUGAUGGCAGCAGAUGUCUUGGUGCAGGAGGUUGGGGAAUUAAGGGGAGUGUGUUACUACUGCUACCAAGUGACUCCUCGCUGUACUGUAAAACAGUGACUCUCUCCCUGUGGAUGAUCAUAACACCAAAUUAAUAAAUUAUAGAAAAUUAUUGUUAAAAAAAA